CGGCAUGUUGCAGGCGGUGGUCAUCAUUGCGCUGAUUGCCAAGCUGGUUGGCGUGAUGGCCUUCCAGGGCCGUCUGGGCAUCAUCUGCCGCACCCUGAUGACCAUGGCGGGCCCCAUCUCCCACCUGGUGCUCCUCCUGGUGCUCGUCCUCGUCAUGCUGGCAGCCGCCAAUAACACCGUGAUAGGAUACCGGGUGGGCGCAACCUCCUCCCUGUCCGCAGCCCUGGCAGACAGCGCCGUCCUGCUGGUCGGCAGCAACGGCAUGGACUUUGGCCGGCUGGUGGCGAACGGCCUCAUCCUGCCGAGCGUGGAACGGGUGGCCGUGGGAGCGAUUGUUGCCGUACAGGUCCUGCUGAUGUUGUACGUGCUCGUCAACUUUUUCUUCGCCACCAUGAGUCAUCUGUUUCUGAAGCAGAAGCACAUUGUUGACUGGGAGAAUACGCCCUCGUUGCUGCAUGACCUCCUGCGGGUGGUACUACCGGACAUGGUGAGGGCGUUGGUGAGCGUGAUGCCGGGCGCUGCGGCAAGGCGGCGCCGUCGCCUGGCGGCGUCCUUGGCGGCAGCGCGCCAGGCCGCCGUGGCCAGGCCAGCUGCCGACACGGGCGUUGUCAUGGAUGCUCGGAAGCCCUCCACGGAGGACGAGGUUGAGAUGGGCCGCAGCGGAGGCAGCUGCGACAAUUCGCAUGCACCCACAAAUCGUCAGUUGCUACGCACGCUAGCCGCGGGUGGAAUCGACGAGCGGCUGCUCGCAGUUCAGCUGCCCAAGACCUGGAACGGCCGCGUGCGUGCGGCGCUUGUGGCAGGUGGCAGGAGUCUGAUCGACAAGCCUACCAUGCGGCAGGUCAUGUGUGAGGUUGCUGCCACCUCCGCCCCCAUUCAGGCUAAGCUGGUGGAUGACAGUGACGAUGACGUCAGAGGCUCCUCCUCAGGUUCCCUCAGGAACCGGGUUUUGGCGCUGAUUGUCGCACGGCGUGUGAUGGACCGAGUUGGGCGCACCUACGGUGCUGGCAGUCUUGAGUUCCGUGCGCUCGAGGCGGCAGCUGAGGCAAGGACGGAGCGCCAGCGGCUGGGCGGCGGUGUGGCGGGUGCGGCCGCUGUUUGUAUGGCGGAUGAGCGCUCCCGGGAUUCGGCGGCGGAGCGGUCGUCCGAUGACUCUUCAGGGGCGCCGCUGCGACACAGUUUGAGCGCAGAGAUCCAGAUCCACCUGACGAUAUAUGAGGCUCUGCAUGCCGCUGUGGAAUCCAUUGUGCGCUGGCAAAGCGGCGUUCAUCGAUGGCAG